AUGGUGUAUGAGUCGAAGCCGUUUGAUCCGAUCACGGUGAAGCCCAAUGACAAGAAGCGUGUGGCCUACUUCUAUGAUGCGGAUGUUGGAAACUAUGCCUAUGGUGCGGGACACCCUAUGAAGCCGCAUAGGAUAAGGAUGACGCACUCGCUGAUUAUGAACUAUGGGCUGUACAAGAAGAUGGAGAUAUACCGGGCCAAGCCGGCCACGAAGCAGGAGAUGUGUCAGUUCCACACGGACGAGUACAUCGACUUCUUGUCCCGUGUUACACCGGACAACUUGGAGAUGUUCAAGAAAGAGAGUGUCAAGUUCAAUGUCGGUGACGAUUGUCCCGUGUUUGACGGUCUGUAUGAGUAUUGUAGCAUAUCGGGUGGUGGGUCUAUGGAAGGCGCUGCCCGGUUGAACAGAGGCAAGUGUGACGUUGCCAUCAACUAUGCGGGUGGUCUGCACCACGCCAAGAAGUCGGAGGCGUCUGGUUUCUGUUAUUUAAAUGACAUCGUGCUUGGAAUAAUCGAGUUGCUGAGGUACCACCCUAGAGUGCUCUACAUCGACAUCGAUGUGCACCACGGUGACGGUGUGGAAGAGGCCUUUUACACAACAGACAGAGUCAUGACUUGUUCGUUCCACAAAUACGGUGAGUUCUUCCCCGGUACUGGUGAACUGAGGGACAUCGGUGUAGGAAAGGGUAAAUACUACGCGGUGAAUGUGCCACUGAGGGACGGUAUCGAUGACGCUACCUACAGAUCAGUGUUUGAACCCGUGAUUGGCAAGAUCAUGGAGUGGUAUCAGCCAUCUGCCGUGGUGUUGCAAUGUGGUGGUGAUUCGCUUUCCGGAGAUCGUCUGGGUUGUUUCAAUUUAUCUAUGGAGGGACACGCCAACUGUGUGAACUACGUGAAAUCAUUUGGUAUCCCCAUGAUGGUCGUUGGUGGCGGUGGUUACACAAUGAGAAACGUUGCUAGGACGUGGUGUUUCGAAACAGGGCUACUGAAUAACGUGGUGCUAGACCAAGAACUACCGUACAAUGAGUACUACGAGUACUACGGCCCCGAUUACAAGCUGGACGUCAGACCAUCCAACAUGUACAACGUAAAUACACCAGAGUACCUGGACAAGAUACUGCUGGGCAUAUUCCAGAACCUGGAGAACACCAAGUACGCGCCUAGUGUGCAACUGAACAAUGUGCCCAACGACCCAGAGGACAAAGGUGACGAAGAAGAGGACACGAACGAGGCGAAGGACACCAAAGGUGGCUCCCAAUACGCCAGAGACAACAUGGUGCAGAACGACACAGAGUUUUACUAG